AUGGGUUUUAUGGCGGCAUUACAACAGGCUAGCGUGUUGAAGGCCAUCGUUUCUUCCCGGUGUUUGUCCGACUAUCGGGAUUUGUUCAACCUUCGCCAUUUAGUCUGUCGAUGGUGUAGCGCCACCCAUACCUUCCUUAUUUCUUGCGACAAGAUCACUGUGACCUUAGAGGAUAUGGCGAAUCAACUAUUGCUACCUAUUCUCAGUGAUACGGACCCAAAUGAUAUUGAGCUUUCCACCGAGGAGGAGGUCAUGGAGGUCGAGUUGAAGAAAGGGAUAAGUGGGAACGCAAAGUUGUCUCACUGGGUUGGUGCUUUCUCCAAGGCUUCCACCGCCAUCUGCCAUGCCGCCUUUGUCACGUUUUGGCUUUCCAUAAAGAUUUCUGCUGGAGUGAGUCUGCCAUUGGCCCUUAUGUUUUUGGGUCAUUUGUAUGUACAACUGGAUAUUCUGCAAAGUGAUGAGAGGCAGGCAGGUUCCUGCCAUAUAGUUACUACCUCUGCCCACAGUACCAUAUUACAGCACCUGCUGUGGGAGCUUUGUGCUAGGCAUUUGGCUAAGUGCAAGUCAGUCUACUUUGCCAAGGAUAAAUACCAGUCUUGUUCAAAGGUUGGGUUGAAGCCGUUUGGGAACCCUAUUGUAAAGUUCUUUGAUAAGGGAGUUGGCUUUUCUUGGAGAGCUUAUAGAUAUUUAAGUAGUGGAUUCACUUGUGCUGAUUUGGCUAUGGACCCUUUUAUGGCCACUAUUGGGACCACUACCAUGUUGACUGCUUUUGAUGGAAGGGGGAUUAUAUACUUAGCAGCCACUAAUGCUGGGUGGUUGCCUUAUCUGACUGAUGAGGGUAUUUGCUAUGUUCAUUAUUCUGCCAACAGAGUGAAGAGGCAAUUUGGACUUGAUCAGGACAUACCCAAUGACUUCACUACUAUCCUAGAGUCCACUACUUCUGUCCGGCCUUUCUUGUGCCCUAGUGCCUUCGAGUUUUGGAGCAGGCACUUCACAGCAGUCAUUAUUCCGAGUUCUUAG